AUGGAAUUGUUGACGACGCUCGAACCCGUGACCCCGUUAGGCAAGGACAUCCAGAGGAAUCUAAACAAACUCCGUGCAAGUCUUCUUGAGAUCCACAAGGAAGUUAUGAGCAAGAACGAACAACGCGUCCUGAAGGCCAUGAUGAAGACCGAAGGCUAUGAAAACUGCAACGUGACCAAAGGGGACUACGUGUUAUGGUCCCGAGUCGACGAGCGCAGUCUUCCCAAGCAGAUCAAGAUGUAUGCGGAGUCAAGCUUUGAAGUCACUGAAGAACACGUGUCCGAACAAGGGAUCAUGCUGAAGGUUCGAUCCAUCGCGGGACACAAGUUUGUCCCGGAUGUGAAUGACUUCAUGCUCGAAGUGUUCUGGGAAGGCCUUGAGGACAUUGAGUCUUCAUGGGAACCUCUCAGAAAGCUCAUGAAAGAAUGCCCUGCGGUCGUGAGAAAGUAUGUGGACGAAUUGAGGUCUAUAACGCACAUACUAGACCUGCAUGCGGCGAUCAAAAAAGCGACCGAAGAGUCGUAA